AACCAAUGAAUAAAGAGUAACACCAUUUCUGCUGAAAAGACAAACAAGGAAAUUGACUCAACAUCAUCAUUUGAUGAUUGCGAAAAGCUAAUUUUGUCUUAGAUCAGUGACCAAUUUAUCCCCAUUAGCUAUUUGAAAAGUAGAGAAAGAUGAAUGACAAGCAAAGUUUUUUUCAGCGUGUGUUUGGCACCGGCAAAAAGGGGGAGAAAGAGCCCACACCCCAAGAGGCUAUCCAGCGUUUAAGAGAAAUUGAAGAAAUGUUAAUGAAAAAAUCAGACUUUUUAGAAAAGAAAGUAGACUCUGAACUGGCAACAGCAAAGAAACAUGGCACAAAGAAUAAAAGAGUUGCAUUGCAAGCAUUGAAAAGAAAGAAGAGAUAUGAAAAACAACUACAGCAAAUAGAUGGUACAUUGUCAACUAUAGAGUUCCAGAGGGAGUGCCUUGAAAAUGCCAGCACAAAUACAGAGGUACUUAAAGCCAUGGGAUCGGCUGCCAAGGCUCUGAAGAAAGCACACAACAAUAUGGACGUAGACAAGGUUCAUGAUUUAAUGGAUGAUGUAGCCGAACAACAAGAGAUUGCCAAUGAAAUCAGUGACGCUAUAUCAAACCCUGUAGGCUUUAAUGCAGAUAUGGAUGAGGAUGAGCUUAUGGCAGAACUCGAGGAGAUGGAACAAGAAGAACUUGACGAGAAAUUGUUGGAUGUUGGCCCAAUGGCAGAUGACCUUCCAUCUGUACCCACAUCUGAACCCGCUGGUUCUAGAAAAGUUGCAGCCACUGAAGAUGAUGAUGAAUUAAAAGAAUUAGAGGCAUGGGCCAGCUAAGCAAUUUGUGAUACUUUGUGUGAACAGUGAAUUUAUGGAAUAUUUAUGUGUACAUUAUGUGAUUAUUCUAAAUGAAAAAUGCUAAAGAUAUUGCUGUAACAUGGCCAAACAGUCCAGAGUGCUGUGGAUUGAAUGGCAUUUGUUUUAAAGCCACCUUUUUACAUUUUGAUUUAUUAAAGAAUUGUGCUGUUUUUUUUGGUAUUUUUCCUCGUAUGAAAAUAAAUCUUUCAGUGAAAGAGUGUUUUCAAUUUUCUCAAAACAGCAGCUUUUUUCAGAGCUUCAUAUAAAUAAAAGAGAUGAUUUUUUAAUGGCUCAGGGGAAACAAAUUUCUUGUCCUAUGUUUCUGUAAAAUACCAGGAAUGAGGUUCUUAAAAAAGUCAAUUUAUAAUAUAGAUAAGAAACUCCUUGAAUUUUGGUCUGUGAGAUCAAAUAAUUGGAGCCGCGUCACGCCAAAACCAACAUAAUGGGUUUGCGACCAGCAUGGAUCCAGACCAGCCUGCGCAUCCGUGCAGUCUGAUCAGGAUCCAUGCUGUUCGCUUACAAACCCUAUAACAAGUAGAGAAACUGAUAGCGAACAGCAUGGAUGCGGAGGCACAGGCUGGUCUGGAUCCAUGCUGGUCGCAAACCCAUUAUGUUGGUUUUGUCAUGACGCGGCUCAUUGUAUGUUUGACGAUUGAUCAGAAGAAAAUAAAAACCCUUUAAAUGUAAACUUCAUUAUGCAGUUUUUGAUACAGUGAUGAAGGUACCAAAAUCAAACAAGCUGUUCGUGAUGUUGCCCUAGUAUUUUUA